UAUGAUUCUAGUCUAACCGGCAUACUACAACAAGUUCCUAUUGACAAGACAUUUAAGACCAUGACAAUCAAACACCUUUACCAGUUUAUAUCGUAACUACGUGUGUUAGUUUGUUUUUUAGUUAAUUGAAACAAAAAGAAAAAUGGGAUUAACUCUAUACAAGAAAGACACCAGCCCGCCUUCUCGGUCGGUCUUCAUGACCAUCCACGCUUUGAACAUACCAGACGUUAAAUUCAUAGACGUGUACCUACCAGCUGGAGAACACCUCACCGAAGAAUACAUAAAGAUGAACCCACAACACACCGUGCCUCUUCUUAUAGACGACGAUUUUCUUAUUUGGGACAGUAAAAGUAAUUUACACCUUUUAUUCCAGAUGCCUCUCCUCUACCAAGGAGCAAACGGCUUCAAAGAAGAACAUCUAGGUAUGAUUGAUGCAGCAUACGACUUUAUGGAGAAAUUCCUCACAGCACCUUGGCUGGCUGGCGAUGACGUCACACUCGCCGACAUCUGCUGUGUGUCCACCAUCAGCUCGAUGAACGAGAUUAGACCAAUCGACAAGGAAACGUAAGAUUUUUUGGAUACCACAUUACUUAGCGCUCCUGCACACGACGC